GCCUUCUCCAUGAAGAAGAGGCAACAUUGAGUGGUGGACAACACUUUUUCGCAUCUCUCCAAUUCAGCUGUUAGCAUCUCCUAGUGUCUUCUUCAUAGCUAACAGCUUUGGCUACUUCCUCAUGAUACUGCCUCUCUGAUCACAGAGCAAAUCCACUGUCUGUUCAUUGGUUUCCAGUACUAGUGCUCAAUUCUACUCAAUCCCACCUGAUUCCAGGAGAUAUAAUGGAGAAGUGCACAAUUCUUCAGGCAGAGAAUCUGAUUCUACAGCCUCAAAUGCAGCAUCCAACCCUGGAUAACCUUGCUAAAAGGAGGCAAGUCAUGCCUGUCUUGGCCACCAUAGUGAUGCCUGCAUCCUACUGACUUGAGCAUCUCACACAGUUUCAUGGUAACCCUGCCAAUCACUCAGAGUUCCUUGCUCAGGUGACUACCUACUUGACAGCUCUCCAGAUCUCUACUCCUGCAAAUGAUGCCCAGAUCAAGCUCUUUUUUGAUUACCUGUUUCAGAAGUUGGAAAGUUGUGGGAUCAUACCUGGGCCUGACAAGAGUACCUUAUUGAAGCAAUAUGAGAAUUUUAUUCUUGAGUUCCAGCAGUCACUUGGUGAGCCCACAAAACAGGAAAUGAAUCCUCUAAUGAAUGCUAAGGUUGACAAAGGGGACAACUCCUCUCAACAGGACCCUCCUACUUUCCAGCUCCUUGCUCAAAAUAUGAUCUGUAAUGAAACCAAUCAGAAUGGUCAGUUUGAAAAGGCACUAGCUGGUCACAACCAGGAUGAAGAGAAUGUCACAGGUAUCAUGGACAAUCUUCCAGACCUGAUCACUCAGUGCAUUCAGUUGGACAAGAAGCAUAGUGUCAGGCCAGAGCUCCUACAGUCAGAGACCCAGUUCCCAUUGUUAACUUCCUUGAUCCAACACCAAGCCCUCGUUAGCCCCACAGAUCCACUACCCAAAAAAGGGCCUAUGCAGCUGCGAGAAGGCCAGCUGCCUCUCACCCCAGCCAAACGAGCCUACCAACAAGAAACUCAGUUGUGCCUCUACUGCAAUCAAUCUGGCCACUUCACAAGAGAUUGCCUUGCCAAACGUUCUCGAGCUCUAGCAAUGACAAAUAACACAGCUCACCAGUAAGAAGAGAUCAGGAAAGUCACUUUCUAAACUUAUAUCCCUCUCACUCCCAUCCUUACCAAUUUAUACCCUGCAUUAACUUUUAAAAUACAAAUGGAGAACUGUGAUACCACUUUAUAGGCAGUUAUGAACUAAAAUGCUUUGGAGAAUUUAAACAAUCAGAUCUUGUUCAUUGGCAAGUGACCCUUCACCAAACCUAACUCAAGAAUGAUGAAAACAAUUCACAGGCACUUUCUGCAGUUGGAAUUCAUUCUCCAAGACUACCAAAAACCUGCAGGCAAAACUUUGCCCAGUCUAAGCCACUGAAAACAACCAUGGAAGUGCAUUGGGAACCUUAUCCUCAAUGUAGUCACCAUCUAGGAGAUCUGGGUUGAGUUUCUUGGCCCAAGUCCUGUAUCUUGUGUGCCUAGAAUUGAACCCAAGACUUCACUUUCACCCUUAUUUGUCUGUAUCCUAGUUUCCUGUUGGCUUAGGACCUUUGGCUGAAGUCCAAAUGACAUUCCUAUAUUCUGCUAAUAUUCUCCUCCUAGAGUUUGGACCAUGCUUCACCUAUUGACUAGGAUCUAGCUUCAGCAUAAAUCAACCUUCCUGGAACCACAGCUCUGCCACCCUUCUAUAGAGCCAUGUAUUUUGUUUCCAUAUAGAGACUCACGCUUUCCCAACCAACAGAACCUCCUGGCUAUUUACAAACCAGAUUGUGUGGACAUUUGAACACUGCAUGGAACUGUUGGUCCCUUUUUUUGCGAGCUAGCCCAUCAGUCAGGUACAUAUUUUAGCCAAGACCACCAAUUCCAGCUUACUCCUCUCUUCUCUAACAUCCCUACUUGAGGUUCCAUCAUGUCUUAUAGCCAAGUAAAUAUGCUCUAGGAUAAGA